AUUGAACUAUCGAUCACUUUGUUCACAACCUAUGAAGGCUCAGAAUCUGAAUCAAAUAGCAAUUUGUGCACAACAACAACUCCUCACAAACCCUAAUCCCCAAUUGCUGAAUCCUUUACUAUCACGUCUCACAAAUUCUAAAAAUGCAUUCUUUCAUCUCUACAACCAAAUGCUCUCACACCCUUUCUCGCACAAUCACUACACCUUCACCCACGCCCUCAAGGCCUGCUCCUCCCACCACGCCCACUCCAAGGCGCUCGAAAUCCACGCGCGGCUCAUCAAAUCCGGUCACUACGUCGAUAUCUUCAUCCAGAACUCGCUCCUCUACUCCUACCUCGCCCGCAACGACGUCGUCGCCGCCUCAAACCUCUUCCGGUCGAUUCCCUCCCCCGACGUCGUUUCAUGGACCUCACUGAUAUCGGGCCUCGCCAAAUCGGGCUUCGAGGCCCAAGCCCUUCAACAUUUUUCCGAAAUGAACUCGGAGCCCAGAAUUGUCGAACCCAAUGCAGCCACCCUCGUCGGCGCGUUGUGCGCGUGUUCUUCUCUUAAGACUCUGAGGCUCGGCAAGUCAGUUCACGCUUACGGCGUGAGGAUGAUUGCCAAUGUGAAUGUUGUUUUUGACAACGCGGUGUUGGACUUGUACGCAAAGAGUGGGUCGUUGAAAUAUGCCAAGAACCUGUUUGAUAAAAUGUCUGUGAGGGACGUAAUUACUUGGACCACUCUGUUGAUGGGUUACGCGCGUGGUGGUUACUGCGAGGAGGCUUUUGGUGUGUUUAACCGAAUGGUGCAGAGUGCAGAAGCUGAACCAAACGAGGCAACUGUAGUAACUGUUUUAUCAGCGUGUGCCUCUAUUGGAGCAUUGAGUUUGGGGCAGUGGGUGCAUUCGUAUAUUGACUCACGACAAGACCUUGUGGUUGAUGGAAACAUUGGGAAUGCUUUGCUCAACAUGUAUGUGAAGUGUGGAGACAUGCAAGUGGGGCUUAGGGUUUUUGACAUGAUUGAGCACAAGGAUAUAAUCUCGUGGGGCACUGUUAUCUCUGGGCUUGCCAUGAACGGUUAUGGGAAAAGAACGUUAGAGCUAUUUUGCCGCAUGUUGGUUGAAGGGGUUGAGCCUGAUGAUGUUACUUUUAUUGGGGUGUUAUCUGCAUGUAGCCAUGCGGGGUUGGUGAGUGAAGGGGUUAUGUUUUUCAAAGCAAUGAAAGAUUUUUAUGGAAUUGUGCCACAGAUGAGGCAUUAUGGUUGUGUUGUGGAUAUGUAUGGACGUGCUGGCUUGUUUGAUGAAGCUGAGGCUUUCCUUAGAAGCAUGCCUGUUGAAGCUGAAUGGCCUAUUUGGGGAGCUCUUCUACGAGCUUGCAAAAUCCAUGGUAAUGAAAAGAUGUCUGAAUGGAUAAAGGGACAUCUAAGGGGGAAAAGGGUUGGUGUUGGUACUCUUGCUUUGCUGUCUAACAUGUAUGCCAGUUCUCAACGAUGGGAUGAUGCUAAUAAGAUUCGGAAGACUAUAAGAGGCACUGGAGUGAAGAAAGUUGCGGGAUGUAGCUGGCUAGAGCUUGAGCUGUACAAUAACAGAUCGGAUUCAAAUUAUAGAGCUCAGUAAUGUAUUCAUAAGCAUGGCACAAAGUUUGAGAGAUGUCGCAGGAGGAGUAUGAAAUUUAAGCCUGAAGGACAUUAGCUGUUGCUUUGAUAGGCAAAAAUCUAAUGCUUAUACCUUCAUUGUGUAUCAACCAGCAAUGAUAGUGCUAGAGAUUUUAAGCUAUGCAGCUCUAAAAUUUGGCAUACUACCAUGGAGGUGCAGAAACAAAACAAGAGGUGCAGAAAGUAAUUUCUAACCAAAGCUUUAUUAACGGGCUUCUACUUUGGGCCAACCAUAUUUCAACUUACUUACGUACGACUCUCCUACCUUACUUUUGCACCCUGUACAUGUAGAACAAAUAUUAAAACAUCAUUUGUCCAUUGUUUAAAUAAAUAAAUCUCAUUCUUCAUGAAUA